AUCCUGGACAAAGUCUAGUAUAUGGGUCGGCGGUUCCGGGUUGAUCUCCGGCAACGACUGUAACGCGACACUAAUGGAGAGAGAUUCCUCGUCGACGUCUUCGUCGUCAUCGUCAUCGCUGGACGAAUCAGAUUCUCAAAUUCACCGUUUUCGUGGAAGUGACGAGAUUCCUCUGUCUUAUAGCGACGCGGCGGAGCAACGGCCUACCUUCGACGUGGAGAGUCUCCGAUCACGUUUAACACGGAGUUUCAAGCUCAAUAUCACUAAGCGACAGUUCAUUGUUAUCUUUCUCCCUCUCGUCCUCGUUUUUCUUUACUUAUCUACCGAUUUCAGCAAUUACUUCUUCUCCGUCAAGGUUCCAGAUUCUGUAUUCCGGCCAAUUACCGGGACGGGUCGGGCUCAGGAAUCGGAUCUUCAAGCACUGUAUCUUCUCAGGAAGCAGGAAAUCGAUCUCUUCUCUAUCUGGAACCACACUUUAUCGAAUCUCUCAACAAUCGAAGACGUGAAAUCUGCAGUUUUCCGGCAGAUUUCACUGAACAGACAGAUCCAGAAUGCAUUACUGUCGCCGCAUAAAACUGGAAAUGUCAGUAUUGAUGGAUCAUCAGAUGGUUUACCGGUUGGUAGUUGCCGGAAAGUGGAUCAGAAGUUAACGGGGAGAAAGACGAUACAAUGGAAGCCGAGACCAGAUAAAUUUCUAUUCGCCAUUUGCUUAUCUGGUCAGAUGAGUAAUCACUUGAUUUGCCUGGAGAAGCAUAUGUUCUUCGCCGCAUUGCUUAAACGGAUCCUUGUGAUCCCUAGCCAUAGAUUUGAUUACCAUUACAGUAGAAUCAUUGAUAUUGAUCGGAUCAAUACUUGUUUAGGGAGGAAUGUAGUGGUUUCCUUUGAGGAAUUCUGGAAGAAGGAUAAGAACAGGAAGAAGCAUCAUCACGUGCAUAUCAAUAGAUUCAUAUGCUACUUCUCGAAACCGGAGCCGUGUUAUGUAGAUAAAGAGCAUAUUACAAAGUUGAAAGCUUUGGGAAUUACCAUUGGAGGGAAGCUAGAUACACCAUGGGAAGAAGAUAUUGCCAGGCCAAGCAACAAGACAGCUGAGGAAGUGGAGACUAAUUUCAGGUCAGAUGAUGAUGUUAUUGCGAUUGGGGAUGUGUUCUAUGCUAAUGUCGAGAGAGAGUGGGUGAUGCAGCCUGGUGGUCCUAUUGCUCACAAGUGCCAAACUUUGAUUGAACCAAACCGGCUAAUCUCGCUCACUGCACAGAGAUUUAUCCAGACUUUCCUUGGCAAGAACUACAUUGCUCUACAUUUCCGCAGGCAUGGAUUCUUGAAAUUCUGUAACGCCAAGAAUCCAAGUUGCUUUUACCCUAUUCCCCAAGCUGCUAACUGCAUCACUCGUCUGAUUGAGAAAGUCGAGGCACCGGUUAUUUACCUUUCAACUGAUGCAGCUGAAAGCGAAACUGGUCUGCUACAAUCACUGUUGAUGCUAAAUGGAAAGACUGUUCCCCUUGUGAAGCGACCAGCUCGUGAUUCAGCUGAGAAAUGGGAUGCAUUGUUAUACAGACAUGGUCUCGAGGGCGACUCACAGGUGGAAGCAAUGUUGGACAAGACGAUAUGUGCAGUGUCAAGCGUGUUCAUUGGUGCCUCGGGUUCUACUUUUACAGAGGAUAUCCUGAGACUGAGAAAAGACUGGGGAACUGCUUCAGAUUGCGAUGAGUAUCUCUGUCAAAACGAGCAGCCUAAUUUUGUAGCCGAUCAUGAAUAAAUUUAGGAACAAAGCAGAUUAACAUAAUCUCACGUCUUGUGAGUUCUCAUCAUAAACAGUCUAAUUCUCUUUUUGUUCUUUUGUUCAUAGGUUAUUAAUGAGUGUAUCAUAAAAUAAAGCCAUACCUCUCUGUAACUCAUUGCUGUUCUGAUGCAUCUGAUGAUACAGCUCCUAAUAUAUAA